AUGUCAUCCUUUCUAUUUAAACGUGGUUUUUCUUCUUUUUUCUCCGAACGCUUUAGGCUUUCUCCAGUGCAAGAGAACCUUAACGUUAUUCGUGAAGAACUUCGGCAAAUCGGUCGUGGCUCGGUCGAAUUUAAUUCCUCUUUUUUACAAGGAAUUGGCUUGAUAACACUUCACAAUCCUGAGCGACACAAUGCUUUAAGCGGCAAAAUGAUGGCCGAAUUAGCUGAUAUAGUGGAUAAAUUAGAAAAUAUAACAAAAGACAAAACUAAUUCAAAAGAGGAAAAUGAUUUAGUAGCACUAAUAUUAUCAGGAGACGGAAAUACCUUUUGUUCUGGUUUAGAUUUAAGUGUAGCAAAAAGCCAUAUCAUGACUCCAGAAAAUGGUAAAAAAAUGAGUUCGCUUAUGCAAGAUGCACUAUUACGUUUUAGUCGUCUUCCUUUAAUUUCAAUUGCCGCGAUUGAAGGUUAUGCAUUAGGAGGAGGUGCAGAAUUAACGACAGCGUGUGAUCAUCGUUGUAUAUCAGCUACUGCUAAAAUCCGAUUUGUACAUGUGAAGAUGGCUACUACACCUGGAUGGGGUGGCGGUGGGAGGUUAAUUAAUAUAAUUGGAAAAACGAAAGCUCUAAGAGUUUUGGGUGCAAGUGAAUUAUUAACUGGACAACAAGCAUAUGAUAUAGGUUAUGCUGAUAUUAUUGCUAAAAAUGGCGAAACAAUAAACAAAUCAAAAGAAUUUCUUGAUCCAUAUGUAUAUUUCUCCCCUAAGGAAGGAGAAUUAAAUGCAGAAAGAAAAAUGAAUUCUGUGAAAGCGGUACGCGGAAUGAAAGCAAUAAUUGCUAAAGCGAAUGAUAGUGGAGCGCAAAGAAAUUAUGUACGUUUUGAACACGCUUUAUUUUGUAGUCUUUGGGGACAAGGAGAGAACCUUACUGAAUUAAAAAAAAAAUAA